AGUCAAAGCCCAUCACUUAUUAAAAUGUUAGGAUGUAAAAUACAAGUGCAGCUUUAUGUAACUGAAAUUGGCUGUCGAAUUUGACGAGGAGAGUGAGAAUGAAGAAAGUUGUUAUCAUUAUUUUUGCUCUUGCUUGUCUAUCAAUCCUUCAGAAAACGUCAUAUGCAGCUGAUGUCUUGACUCCAACAUCUUCCAUUAAAGGUGGCCAAGAACUCAUUUCUGCUGGACAAAAUUUUUCUCUUGGAUUCUUCACUCCAGGAACCUCCAAAAGCCGCUAUGUAGGGAUAUGGUACAAGAAUAUUUUGCCUCAAACCAUAGUUUGGGUAGCAAACAGAGAUAGUCCACUUAAUGACACGAGUGGAAAUUUAACCGUUGCUGCUGAUGGGAAUAUUGUACUUUUUGAUGGAGCAGGUAACAGAAUAUGGUUUACAAAUUCAUCAAGACCAAUUCAAGAACCAAUUGCAAAGCUGUUGGAUUCGGGAAACUUGGUGCUGAUAGAUGGAAAGAACAGUGAUUCUGAUAGUUACAUAUGGCAAAGCUUUGAUUAUCCAACAGAUACAAUGUUACCUGGCUUGAAGUUGGGUUGGGAUAAGACCUCAGGUCUCAAUAGAUAUUUGACUUCUUGGAAGAGUGCUAAUGACCCCUCUCCUGGAAACUUUACCUACAGAUUUGACCAGAAAGAAUUUCCUGAGUUGGUAAUCCGCCAGGGAAUGAACAUCACAUUCAGAAGUGGAAUUUGGGACGGCAUCCGUUUUAAUUCAGAUGAUUGGUUAUCAUUUAACGAAAUUACAGCCUUCAAGCCGCAGCUUUCAGUAACUAGAAAUGAGGCAGUGUAUUGGGAUGAACCAGGAGAUAGAUUGUCAAGGUUUGUGAUGAGGGAUGACGGGUUACUUCAAAGAUAUAUUUGGGACAACAAAAUUCUUAAGUGGACUCAGAUGUAUGAGGCAAGGAAAGACUUUUGUGAUACCUAUGGAGCAUGUGGGGCGAAUGGUAUUUGCAAUAUUAAGGAUUUGCCUGCUUACUGUGAUUGCUUGAAAGGCUUCAUUCCAAAUUCACAGGAAGAAUGGGAUUCAUUUAAUUGGUCUGGUGGGUGCAUCAGGAGAACACCCUUAAACUGCACAGAAGGUGAUAGGUUUCAGAAAUUAAGCUGGGUAAAACUACCCAUGUUAUUGCAAUUUUGGACUAAUAAUAGCAUGAGUCUUGAAGAAUGCCAUGUGGAGUGCUUGAAGAACUGUUCCUGCACGGCGUAUGCAAAUUCUGCCUUGAAUGAAGGGCCUCAUGGCUGCUUGCUUUGGUUUGGGAACUUGAUUGACAUCAGGCUGCUUAUAACUGAAGAGGAUGCAGGUGGACAACUUGAUCUUUAUGUAAGGUUAGCUGCUUCAGAAAUAGAGUCCACUGCGAAUGCUAGUAAAAGGAGAAAGAUAGCACUGAUUAUUUCGGCAUCGUCUUUGGCACUGCUGCUUUUGUGUAUUAUUUUGUGCCUUUCUAAGAAGUAUAUAAAACGGAGGAGGACCACUACUGAUUUGGUCGCAGGUCAUAGAAAUCAUAAUGAAGAUCAAGCACCACCUCUUUUUGAGAUAGAUACUAUUCUGGCCGCUACAAACAAUUUUUCAAUUGAGAACAAGAUUGGGGAAGGUGGUUUUGGCCCAGUAUACAGGGGUAAAUUGGCUCACGGACAAGAAAUAGCUGUUAAAAGGCUAUCAAAAACCUCAAAACAAGGCAUCUCAGAGUUUAUGAAUGAAGUUGGAUUGGUAGCCAAACUCCAACACCGUAAUCUUGUGAGUGUUUUGGGUGGGUGCACUCAAGGAGAAGAAAGAAUGUUGGUCUAUGAAUACAUGCCAAAUAGUAGCUUGGACCACUUCAUUUUUGAUCCUAAGCAAGGAAAAACUUUGAAGUGGAGGAAACGAUAUGAUAUAAUUGUGGGGAUUGCUCGAGGACUACUUUAUCUCCAUCAAGAUUCAAAACUAACCAUCAUUCAUAGGGAUCUAAAAACUAGUAACAUUCUACUAGACAAUGAAUUGAACCCCAAAAUUUCUGAUUUUGGUGUAUCCCGCAUUGUUGAAGGAGAUCAUUUUGCAGUAACAACAAAUGAAAUUGUUGGGACAAUUGGUUAUAUGUCCCCUGAGUAUGCAGUAAAUGGGCUUCUUUCCGUGAAGUCUGAUGUGUUUAGCUUCGGAGUUAUAGUGUUAGAGAUAUUAAGUGGAACCAAAAGUAAUAACUUCAAAGUCAAACAUCCAGAUCAUGACCAUAAUCUAUUGGGGCAGGCAUGGAGAUUAUGGAAUGAAGAACGAGCUGUGGAAUUCAUGGAUGUUAAUUUAGACCUUACAACUAUUCCAUCAGAAUUUAUGAGCUGCCUGCAAGUUGGUCUCUUAUGUGUUCAAAAUUUACCCGAAGACAGACCAACUAUGUCGUCUGUGGUUUUCAUGUUGAGCAAUGAAAGCAUUGCACUAGGCCAACCAAAGAAGCCUGACUUCUUUGAAGAAAAGUUAGAGUAUCGUGGGUACAGCGAGAAAGAGAGUUUUAGUAACAAUGCUAUGACUAUAACAUUGUUAGAAGCUCGAAAUUAGUUGCUAACUUAUAGGUUCUUUUGCAAUAUUUCUUUAAAAGUAGUUGGUCAAAAAAGCAUUUAGUCAGUUUGGUAAUAUAUUGUGAAAGAGAACAAUAGUUGGAUGAAAGAAAGAGGACUGUAGGUGUAUUACAUAAAGGCCCUAUAGAAUAACUUUAUUUUUUGUUAUUUUUAUAGAUUUAAAUAUGUUAAAGAUCCUUAGAUUAUAUUCAAA